UGUGAAUCGUGCACUACCUACUUCAUCGUUGAAAGUACAUAAAUAGGUAGGUUCAGGUGCUUAGAUUAGUAGACGUUCUUAUCAUUGCAAUAAUCAGCCAGUGCCCGUAUGCACAAUGUUGUUAGAAAUAUUCAAAGAGUGAUUGUAUUCUGGUUGGAUAGGUGAUACAGAGAACUUUAUUUUUGCAAACGUAUCUAUGCUCGUUUUCUUGAACGAGAAGUUAUGUAAAAGACUAUGUGCAUUCGCUGCAAUUUAUUCAGUAGUGAAAAAUGAUUGUUCGGAUCACGUUAAUUUGAAACAAAGUAGAAUAUUGUUGGUUAAUUUUAUCGAAGUUUUCAUGUUUUAUCAAUAUGAAUUUAUUGAAUAGUUUUUCGAAAAAAGAAUCCGCGAGACGAGUGCAUAACAUCGGCUGCUGUCAUUCUGCCCCAUAUCAGUUUACAAACCAUAACUCGAGGCAGUUCAGAGAUGAUACUAGUCCAUCUGGUCAUAGAAGUGAACAUUACGAGAAUGAAGCCGAAAAUAAAGACUUAUGCUUUGUAUGUGGAUUUGUCUCAGCUAACGAAUUUUUUAGUUUUCCAAAUGAUAUUAACACUCGACAUCAGUGGGCUACCUUCUGCGACUUGCCUCUUGGCGAGAUAAAACCGCAUUUUCGACUUUGUGACAGGCACUUUAAACCUGACGAUUAUCGAAUCUCAAUUCAACGUAAAUUAUUGAUACAGACAAGUAGUGUUCCAACAUUGCAACCAAAACUGAAACAGGGCUUCGGACCUUCAACUAACAACAGUUUACAAUCUAGUCAAAAUUCCAUCAACAUUUCCAACCCAACGUUGAAUGAAAAUACAUCACAAAACGCGAUAUACAGCCCUGUCGUCCAAGGUAAAAUAGGUAAUCUUUCAUCUGAAGUUCUCAAGUUAAGAACUCGUUGUUCACUUCUCGAAGACACUGUAGCUGAUUUGAAAAAAAGAAUCGAGCGACUAGACAAGAGACCCGUUGAAGUUAGUAAAAUGUCAACUUUGCCAGCUUCCAACAAUCAAACAGACGAAUUUGUCAACUUUUCCAAGUGUCUAGAUGCCCAGGAGGCAAGCAUGUUCUGGCACACCUCGGUUUCGUCCCAGCACGAGACUUUUGCGCUCGUAGAAUCUGUCGAAAAGGUUGCCGACGAAGAUGGUUACUCUACAGAUUCGAGUAUGCCUCCCUUAGAGAUAUCGAGCGAUGAACUUCACACUUCGGAGGGACCACUUGAAAAAUUUCCUGAAGAAGGUGACAGUAGAUACUUAGCACAAGAUUCCGCAUUAAACAAUUUAUGGAACUGUUUCUCCGAUCCGACGGCAGCAACCUAUGAUGAUGUGUCCUUGAACGUACUCGGCGACAACGACGAAAUUGUUGGCGUUAUUUCUGUCAGUCCUCAAAUCAACCAUCAAUUGCGUAUAAAUGAUACCUCUGACAGUUCCAAUAAUGAACAAUUCGAUAAAGCACAAGAUGGGCAAACACUGCGGAUGGAACAAGUGCAAGUGACAACCCAACAGCCAAUCUGUAAUGAUGAGCUAAAUCUGUGCCAGGCCUCUCCUUCAGCUGGGUGUUCAAAACGCCGAAAAAAUUGCGGUGAAGGACGGAUUACUCGUUUGGCUAAAAAAAAAGAACUCCCUAGCGUAGCUAGCACGAUACAAACCUCGGGCAGUUUUCCAAAAAAGGUACGAGGAGUAUUGAUGCGAGAUUCAUCGCCUCCAUACUGUUGCAAUAUUUGUGAUAAAACGUUUUCCGAUAAAUCUGAUUGGAGCAGACACCAGCGAAAACAUUCGAAGCCAUUCGUGUGUCCAAAGUGUAAAAAACCAUUUGCCAGAAAAUAUGACCUCUCCAGACAUCAAGCAACUCAUAGUGAUGAGAAACCCUACAAAUGCGGAAUUUGUGACAAACCAUUCAAGACCAACAGUGGUAAAACAAUGCACGAACUUGCACAUGCGGAACGCGCUCGUUAUGAGUGUGCUGUUUGCGGGAAAGUGUUUAACCAAAGAUCUUCCAUCAUUGCCCACUUGAAUAUUCACUCUGAUCAAAAACCAUUUCGAUGCAAAACUUGUGGCAGAAGAUUUGCUCAGAAACAUCACCUUGUUUAUCAUAAAAGGACGCAUGGUAAAGGAAAAAAAUUCAAAUGCCGCAUAAGCAACCAGCUAUUCAAACAUGAUCACAGUAAAGCAAUGCACGAACGUUCGCAUGUUGAGGGCCCUCGUUUUGAAUGCGCCCUAUGCGGCAAGAAGUAUCGCAAUAAAAACGGCCUAGCCUAUCACAUAUCACAUAAUUGCAGUUAGAUUUCAGUACAUAAUUAGUAUAUUUAAAUGUGUGCAGAUCCAAAUUUGAUUUUUCUUUGUUUUUUUCCGUUUCAAGUUUUUAUUUACUUACCCAUUGGCAAAAGAGUCGAAAAGGAGGAGUUGCGAUAAGGCCAUUUUUUGGCCCCACCUAGUUUUCAACUCGACCACUCUAAAAAUGUUGUAAUAAAUGUCCAAAAUACGAAUCCGUGGUUAGUUAACCCAAAAUGACCAUUUUUUGGGCUCCAGGGGUUCCCAAAGUUGCAAAAAAGAAAGUAAUUUUAGGAACCACUGAGUAUUAUUUAAAACACUUUUUUAGCGUAAAAUAUCUUUUUGAAUCUGAUAAACGUUAUGUGAGGUGAUUUUCUUACUUUCGACCAUCGGGGGCAGAAUUGGGGGGGGGUUCAAUUUUUUGAAAAUUUUGAAACCACCAUUUUGAUGCUACCCCUUUGAGCCUCGCUAAAAAGCUUUUCAUAGUUCAUUAGUAUCUGAAUGACUUCCAUCCUACCAAAUUUUGAGCUCAAUAAAAAUUUACGCUGGUACUCAAAAAUCCAGUUUUACAAUUUUUCGUAAUUUCGAUAUUUUGGGAACCCCUGGAAAACUAGAAACCUGCGAUUUGCGUCAAACGUAACGUUUUGAGGUAUAUAUUCGAUUAUCCAAGUGAAAAAAUUCAAUCAAGCUCCCUUUACGUUCGUAAUUUUGAACCUUUUUUUAGACCCCCCCCCAUUUUAGGCACCCCUAAAAAGGCGUUUAUGCGUAGUUUUUGAAAUAAAUUGAAGAAUUUACAUUUGAAACACACUAGCAAGUGCUCGAUAAUUUUUCGAAUGAUUUUUCUAGUAACUUUCGAAAUUGGGCUAUUUUGGGUCAAAUUCGGAGAUUCAACUAUUCGAAAAUAUGUACAUUAAAAUCACGUUUUCACGAUGUAAACGAAGUAAAAUUCUCAGAAUUUGACUCAAAAUAGCUGAAUUUUGAAUGUUAUAGGAAAAAUCAUAUGAAAAAUUCUCAAGCACUUACUAGUGCGUUUCAAAUUCAAAUUAUUCAAUUUAUUUGAAAAAAUAUGCAUAAACGCUUUUUUUAGGGGUCCCCAAAAUUGGAGGCUCUAAAAAAAGGGUUGAAAAUUACAAAUAUACUGAGAGCUCAACUGAACUUUUUCACUUCGAUACUCGAAUAUAUACCUCAAAACGUUACGUUUGGCGCAAAUCGCAGGUUUCUAGUUUUCCAGGGGUUCCUAAAAUAUUGAAAUUACGAAAAAUUGGAAAAUUGGAUUUUUGAGUACCAGCGAAAAUUUUUAUUGAGCUCAAAAUUUGGUAGAAUGGAGGUCUUUCAGAUACUAAUGAACUGUGAAAAGCUUUUUAGCGAGGCUCAAAGGGGUAGCAUCAAAAUGGUGGUUCCAAAAUUUUCAAAAAAUUGAACCCCCCCCCACAACUUCUGCCCCCGAGGGUCGAAAGUAGUAAAAUCACCUCACAUAAUGUUUCUGAGGUUCAAACAGAUAUUUUACGCUAAAAAAGUUUUUGAAAAUAAUACUUAGUGGUUCCUAAAAUAAUUUUUUAUUCGCAACUUUGGGAACCCCUGGAGCUCAAAAAAUGGUCAUUUUGGGUUAACUAUAACCACGGAUUCGUAUUUCGGACAUUUGUGACAACAUUUUUAGAGUGGUCGAGUUGAAAACUAGGUAGGGCCAAAAAAUGGCCUUAUCGCAACUCCUCCUUUUUGUUUUCAAAUUUUUAAAUUGCAUGUGGUAGAUAGACAUACCUACCUACCUAUGUGUUCUUAUUUUAGUAAUGCUUACUUUUUGUCAUUUUUACUUAAGCAUAAUUAUUUAACAUGUACUUAGUUUGGCAAAAUAAUUAAAUCAAGAACUAGUGUUCAUUGCAUUCUUUACCAAUUUAUUGCAGUUCGAUUUUUAUUUUUAUAGAGAAACGAUAUUUUCAUGUUCAGAAACCUGGUAAUAUACAGGGUUGACGAAAUUGUAUUUUAUCUAAUAAAAUGUAUCAGGUACCUAA